AUGCGAUGGAGGAGAAGCCUUGUAGAACUGCCUUUUAUGGGUAUUAUCUUGUUUAUACUAGCGUUACUCUGUGAUACAGCCCUGCCCAUAGUCGUGCUCGUAAAAAAUGAUGAACUUCCAUUCCCUCUUCUCGACGCUCCUAUGGUGCGCGGUCGUCGAAAUCUCGCCCCCGCUGUCUCGGAACCUUUAGAUGUAUGCGAGACGCGGAUUAUCCCCGACCACAGCCCGAAGUUCGGGCACAUGCACAACGGGAGUCGGGUGGAAAUCCAACAGGAUAACUAUUUCCACUUUACGGCGACAUUUGUGGAAUGUGUUUCUGAAGUCAGGGAUCGAUUCAUAUCCGAAUGCGUGACAAUGUAUGAGCAUCGCCCAGCCGGCGUUCGACUUGUCGGCUAUGAUGUUGAUUUUAUUGAGGCAUCUAUUCGGGUGCCGAUAGGAUGCUCAUGCAAAGUGCGAAAAAUCCUUCAUCCAUUCCACUAUCGCCCUGAAGACAAA